GUACGGUCACACUGUCAGCAGCGUCUCUUAAGCGGUCCCGGCUGUUUAUUUUAUUUCUUGACUCAAAAAUAUUAAUUUACUAUGUUUUACCACAUAUCUCUGGAGCACGAGAUCCUUCUGCAUCCACGGUACUUUGGCCCUCAGUUGCUGGAGACCGUAAAGCAAAAACUCUAUUCGGAGGUGGAAGGCACAUGCACCGGAAAGUAUGGAUUCGUGAUAGCCGUCACGACGAUAGACCAGAUCGGAUCCGGUGUUAUUCAACCGGGACAGGGAUUUGUAGUGUACCCGGUGAAGUACAAAGCAAUUGUCUUCCGGCCUUUUAAGGGCGAAGUUCUCGAUGCGGUUGUCAAGCAAAUCAACAAAGUGGGCAUGUUUGCAGAGAUCGGUCCGCUGUCCUGCUUCAUUUCGCAUCAUUCAAUUCCCGCCGACAUGCAAUUCUGUCCAAAUGGCAAUCCUCCAUGCUAUAAAAGCAAAGAUGAGGACGUGGUCAUUUCUGGAGAGGAUAAAAUACGGCUUAAGAUUGUGGGAACCCGAGUGGAUGCCACAGGAAUCUUUGCGAUCGGCACCUUGAUGGACGACUACUUGGGUUUGGUUUGCAACUAGAAACAUGUGUUCUAAGUACAAUUUAAAUAUAUAUAUUAAACUUUAAUGAAAUGCAUUUAGACAGUUAAACAUCUAUGUGUAUAUAGUAAUAAACAUGUAUGUACUUUAUAAGAUUUGAUUUCAAUUAAAGGUACGUUACAUUUGUAA